GGAGCGAGCCUGUGAUUGGUCGGUCAAGUAUCAGGAAGCGAUGAGCUGAGUGUUGACAGCUCUCCUGUAAACAUUAUUAUUAGUUAUCCGCUGGAGAAAUGGCGAGGCUCUGAUCCUGUGGCACAUCCUCCACAUCUGUGCCCUCUAACGUUGUGGGUGAAAGUUUACUCGCAGCCUGCCUCUCUGAGAUGGACGGUGGAGAGGAGGUGAGAGUUGAAGCUGCCCCGUACUGCUGCUCCACCUGUGACGGAGGUGAGGUCUCCGGCCGCAGCCUGACAAGACGCAACAAGAAGACCCGCAGCCUGAGCACCUCUUCAGCCGGCAGCUCCUCCGAGUACAGGAGGACUCAGUCUCUUCAUGGACCAAGCCCUGUGACCACAUUUGGCCCAAAGGCAUGCAUGCUACAGAAUCCGCACGCAGUAAUGCACAUUCAGGACCCCGCCAGCCAGAGACUGACGUGGAACAAGCCGCCAAAAAGUGUCCUUGUCAUCAAGAAGAUUCGAGAUGCUAGUCUGCUCGAGCCUUUCAAAGAGCUCUGCAUAUUCCUAACCGAGGUGAAAAACAUGGUUGUUUAUGUGGAAAAUAAAGUUCUGGAGGACCCAACUAUUUCAGGCGAUGAACACUUUGGGGCCAUUACUAAGAAAUUCUGCACUUUCAGAGAAGAUCUUGAUGACAUCUCUAAAUGCGUAGACUUCAUCAUCUGUCUUGGUGGAGAUGGAACUCUGCUGUAUGCAUCGUCGCUCUUUCAGGAGAGCGUUCCACCAGUUAUGGCCUUCCACCUGGGCUCCCUGGGCUUCUUGACGCCUUUCAAAUUUGACACUUACCAGUCUCAGGUCACCCAAAUUAUUGAAGGUAAUGCUGCCAUCGUCCUUCGAAGUCGCUUGAAAGUCCGGGUGCUUAAAGAGAACUGGGAGAAGAAGGCCAGAGUGGACGAAAAGGGCAUUAUCCUGACUAAUGGGGACAUUGAAAGUAGCCGGAAAGCAAUGCAGUAUCAGGUUCUGAACGAGGUGGUGGUGGACAGAGGACCUUCCUCCUAUCUCUCCAAUGUCGACCUCUUCCUAGAUGGACACCUCAUUACCACAGUGCAGGGAGAUGGUGUGAUAGUGUCUACACCUACAGGAAGUACAGCGUAUGCAGUGGCAGCAGGAGCUUCCAUGAUCCAUCCCAACGUCCCAGCCAUCAUGAUCACCCCCAUCUGCCCACACUCGCUCUCCUUCAGACCCAUCGUGGUGCCUGCUGGGGUGGAGCUGAAGAUAAUGCUGUCACGGGACGCCAGAAACACAGCUUGGGUGUCAUUUGAUGGAAGAAAACGACAAGAGAUAUGCCACGGAGACAGUAUUACCAUCACAACUUCCUGCUUUCCCGUUCCAUCAAUCUGUUUCCGGGACCCAGUCAACGACUGGUUCGAGAGCCUGGCCCAGUGUUUACACUGGAACGUGAGGAAGAAGCAGAACUACCUCAGCUCGGAGGACGAGGAGUUCUGAUUUACAUGAGCUUCAAGGUCGUCUCCGAAGUUUCCAGGGCUUGGUUUUGGUUUUAGCUUUUGACCAUGCUCUGUGCCAUUUUGUCUUUUCUAUGGAUGAAGGGGGUCUCACCAAACGCCAUUCAAAAAAAGAAAAAUCUGUCAUAACAAUGUUGCCUUUCAUAUGUAUUAAAAUGAUUGAUGAUAGAA